UCUGCCCACCAUCUGGCCAUUCCUCACACAGGACACCGAACACGUUGCCAGACUGAACCCCAUUGCCUCCUUCUCCCUAACUCCAUUCUCCCAAGAAAUCAGUCAAGAUGAGUGCGAUUGCUGACACCAAUGAGGGCCCGAACGAGGUCCUCAAGGUCCUCUUUGCUCUCUACCCGGGCUACAACACGCUCGACGUCGCUGGACCGCUCGAGAUCCUCAGCCGCUCUCUGCAUGAGCCCAAGGACAAGUCGACCAAAGCCUUCGAAUGCCAGUUCGUCGGCCCCUCCGCCGCAAUGACCUCCGUCCAGGGCCUCACCAUCAAGGCCGACAUGGACUACGAGGAUGCCAUCGAUGAGAUCGAAGACUUCGACGUCGUCAUCGUGCCCGGCGGCGAAGGCGUCUUCGAGGUCAUCAAGAACAAGUUGGAGCCGCUCAACUUCCUCAGCAAGUACGUCGAGCUGCAGGAGAAGAAUCCCGCCAAGGAGCGCACCAUCCUCGCCAUAGACAUCGGCUCGCUCCUCCUUGCCCAACAAGGCAUGCUCGAGGGCCUUGCUGCCACUACCCACCCCGACUACUAUACCCGCCUUGAGACGAUCUGCCAGGAGGCUUCUACUCGCGAUCUCUCGAUGCGCACCGAUGUCAUGGAGGAGCGAUACGUGGUCAAUAAUGCGCGAUUUGAUUUGGGCGAGAACCCGGACGAUAACCCGUACAUCAUCAAGAAGAGCCGUGAGGGCGCCAACAUGUCCCACGCUCGCCGGAAGUCCAUCGCGCGCAAGGGCAGCAACGCUUGGAGGGAGUCUCGCCGCCGCGAGUCCAUCGCGCGGCGUGCCUCGAUGCCGCUCGGUGGUAUGCGCGUCAUCACCACGGGCGGCGUCACGGCUGGCCUGGAUGCCAGCUUGUACUUGGUAGCUUCUCUGGUUUCUCACGAGUCGGCUCUAGAGGUCGCUCGCAUUAUGCAGUAUACCUGGGUCAAGGGCGUUACGGUCGAUGCAAUUGAUGUUUGAACGGUGCUGCGGUCCGGCGAGACUUAGCGAUGGCGUUCAAAACACUUCUUGGAAAUAAGGAUAUGGAUACGACUUCGCUUAGGCGGUUAGUCUAUGAUGUCGGGUGGGUUCAGAAGAUCUACCUCGACUUGAGAGAUGGUUACGAUAAAUUCAUUGUGUGUUAGUAUGCAAAUGCGCGAACAUUGCGACGUCCAAGCACGCGGCAC